CGGAGCGGCCGAGGGCGAGGGGUUAAGAAGAGGGGUCCGGGGUGGGGGCGGGCGAGCGAGCGAGCGAGCGACAUGAUGCGCAGCAAAGCAGAUGUGGAGCGGUACAUCGACGCUUUGCCCCUCACUCCCCGCGUGAAAUCACUUAAAGGAUUCUUGUUUGCAAAACUCUACUAUGAAGCCAAGGAAUAUGACCUUGCAAAAAGGAAUGUAUCAGCAUAUUUAAGUGUGCAAGAAAGGGAUCCAAAGGCACAUAAGCUUCUUGGACAGAUCUAUGAGCUUGAAGGAAAUUAUGAAAAAGCGGUUGGUUGUUACAAGCGAGCUGUGGAAUUGAAUCCAGUACAGAAAGAUCUUGUGUUGAAAGUGGCUGAAUUACUGGUUGACGAUGGGAACGUAAUUGAUGGAAGAGCUGAGUACUGGGUGGAGAAGGCAGCCAAUCACUUUCCUGGCAAUGCCAUCAUCUACAAACUGAAGGAGAAACUACUGAGUAAAAAGGGACACUUGGGCUGGAAUCAACUGUUUGAUCUUAUUCAGUCAGAGUUGCACAAUAGACCAGAUGAUGUUCAUGUUAAUAUUCGCUUAGUGGAGCUCUACUGUUCCAGCGGGAGAUUUGACGAAGCUGUGAAACAGUGUGUCAACAUUGAGAAAAGAAGAACACUGCCCAGAAGUCGGGAGUGGUACUCAUGCAUGGUGCAGUCAUUAAAGAAAUAUCUUGGUACAACAAAUGCUGCAGGAUCUGAAAAAGGUCGCUGGAGAUUAAUGCAGAAAGAAUUGCUUUUGGCUUACUCUAACCUUGUGCUUUUGACACUGUCAACCAGAGACAUCCGAGAUGCUACUGAAGCCCUUUUAAGUUUUGAUCAUGCAAUGUACAUGGCAAAGUCUUACAUAACUCCAACUGUGGAUGAUCUUUCUGUUGCUUUCACUGAAAUAAGAGGACAUCUCUAUUUACAUGCUGGAACAUUGCUUCUAAAGAUGGCUCAACACAAUGAGAUCCAGUGGAAAACAGCUGUCGAUCUUGCAACAUUAUGCUUUCUAAUUGCUCAUCAGAUUCCAAGACCACGGAUGAAGAUGAUUAAGUCAGAAGACUCGAGACAAGAUUUGUUGAAUUGGUUAGCGUCUGACAGGCGGAGUCAAUCAGGUCACAUGCUGCUUAACCUACGGUUGGGAAAGUCAGACUUCUAUAAAGACGUGGUAGAAACAUUUGCAAACAAAAGUGGCCAGGCAGCAUUGGUUGAUGAACUGUUUGGAAAUCAGAUGCCCCUGGAAAGGUUUUUUCUUGCCAAUGAUAACAUCAGGAAUAUUGGAGUAGAUGAACCAGAUCUCGAUGAACUAAUAAAAUAUGAUGAGGCUUCUGUCAGGUUGCAUGGUGGUAAUCUGCAGCACAUUGUUUGGCUUGGUUUACAUCAGUUUUCUUUGGGACAGUUGCCAAUGCUUCGAAACUGGCUUAAGCAAUUGUUUCCUCGAAUGCCGCAAGAAACAUCACGACUUGACACCAAUGCACCAGAAUCCAUUUGUCUCUUGGAUCUUGAGAUAUUUCUUCUUGGGGUGAUAUUUUCAAGUUACACGCAAUUACAAGACAAGACAGAUCAACGCAGUUUGCAUCAACCUCGAUGCCUGCCGCUAUCCGUCAAUAAAUUUCUUUAUACAGAUCGACAAAGAGCUUGGUGGGAAGCUGUUUACAGCCUUAUCAACAAAAAAGUACAACCUGGUAUGUCAGCUAAAUUAAGACUCUUGAUUCAGCGUGAGUUAAGUACUUUGAGAGCAUUGGAGAAGCAUGGCCUUCAACCUGCCCUACUUAUACACUGGGCACGUAGUCUCCUCAACACUGGAGCAGGACUGGAUUCAUUUUAUGACCAGAAAGAAUAUAUUGGACGGAGUGUUUCCUAUUGGAAGAAAGUUUUGCCGUUCCUUGAGAGUGUCAAAAGAAACAAGAGCAUUCCUGAACCUAUUGAUCCAUUGUUUAUGCACUUUCAUAGCAGGGACAUUCAGGUUGCUGAAGUUGGAGAUUACGAAGAAGAAGCAAAGAUUGCUUUUGCCACACUUGUUGUAGUUGAUGGAAAAGUUGAUGAAGCAGUAGCUGCUUUCGAAAUGAUCAACAACAUUGUUGCUCACUGGAAUCUUGCACUGAUAUUUCAUCGGCGGGCAGAAGAGUAUGAAAAUGGUGAUGAAAUGACUGCUGAUGAGCAGGACGAAUGUAAAAAUUGUUUUCUCAAAUGCAAAGAGUACCUAAGAAAAGUCCUUAAUGAGAUUGAAGCCAAUCUUGCAGCAAUUGAAAAAUUGCCCGUACCAGUGGAGACAGUGAGAAACAUGUUGGAGUCAGUAAAUGAACAAAUUGGAGAAUAUGAUGAAGUCGAUCAGCUUGAUCAAGAACAUGAAGAUGAGUAUUCUCAAAUGGCUGAAAAUGGUACUCUCACUCACUCUGUAGCAGCACAAAUACAACAUUCUACCCCGUCUCCCACAAAGCUUUCUUCAUCUCCAACAAAGAGCUAUAAGUGGUCUCCAAAGACACCACCCCGCUGGGCUGAGGAUCAGAGACAUUUACUACAGAUGAUUUGCCAGCAGGUGGAGCAACUGAAGGAUGAAGUGCAUGAGCUGAAACAAAAUUCUUCAAAUAGAACUGCAUCACCACAGUCUCAUUGGCCUGGAGAUGGUUAUCAUGACGACCACCUGUCCCAUCACUAUCCAGGAACACAAAAUUUUCAUGGUGCACCUUUAACAGUUGCUACUUCAGGGCCAUCUGGGUUCUACAAUCAGUCCCCAGCAUACAACUCUCAGUACCUCCUUAGAACAGCAAACACUACAACUCCAACAAAGCCUCCUCAUUAUGGCAUGGGUGGUAGAAUUCCACCACAACAGUCGAUGUAUGGUUACCAACAGCAGACCCACACACCACCUCUUCAGGGCAAUUCAGCUUGCAUGUAUUCACAGGAAAUGUAUGGAGCACAAUUACGCUUUGAAUCUCCUGCAACUGGAUUGCUUUCACCGUAUGGCGAAGAUUUCUACAGCCAUGGGAUUCAACAAACAAGCACAAAUCCACCAUUACCAGAACCUGGCUACUUUACGCAACCGUCAGUGAGCACACCACAAAUUAAACCUGUGGAAACAAAAGGUAUAGAAUUUGGGAAAUUUAACUUAAACCAACAAAUGCAAAAUGAUGCGAAGACUUCCUUUGUUUCUGGGCAACUGCAGUCCACCUCAGCAGCAAUGUUCAAAUUCAACUCUAAUUUCCAAUCUAAUGAAGGAGACUUCACAUUUUCAUCCCCACAAAUCAAACCUCCAGCUUCAACUUCAGCCAGUGAUAGUCUUUUGGGUAUUUUGACUGCAGGCAGAUCUGUCCGGACUGACAGACGUGGGGAUUUAUCUGCACAAGAAAUGCCAUCAAGUCAAGGUGGAAAUGCCUUCUGCCUGGGGGACGGGAACCUUAGUAGCUCAUUUGAUUUUGCAUUACAGAGUAAAACUUCCUUCAGCAAUAAAUUGAGUAACCAGCCAUUUAGUUUCAAGGAUGCUGGUAAUGCACCAUCGUUUGAGGUAAAUACAGAAGAUCGCAAAGGAGGAGAAAGUGAUGCAGAGAGUGCCCCUGAUGAAGAGGAUGGGCCCUACUUUGAUCCAGUUGUACCACUCCCUGAUAAGGUGGACGUGAAAACUGGAGAAGAAGAUGAAGAACAGCUCUUUUCCAACAGAGCUAAACUCUACCGAUUCGAUACAGACGCCAAAGAAUGGAAAGAAAGAGGCAUUGGAACUGUAAAACUGCUAUGCCACAAGAUAACUGGCAAAGUAAGACUCCUGAUGAGGCGAGAUCAAGUACUAAAAAUCUGUGCAAAUCAUUACAUAACAGCAGAUAUGAAAUUAAAACCCAAUGCAGGGUCUGAUAAAUCCUGGGUGUGGUGUAGUUUAGACUAUGCUGAUGAGACAGAGAAAUUUGAACAGCUUGCCAUUCGAUUUAAAACGGCUGAUGAGGCUUCACUGUUCAAAAUUAAAUUUGAAGAAGCCCAAAGCUUAGUUAAAGAACCGAUAUUAAAACCAAGUCCGUGUUCAGAAAACCAGCAUUUGAGUUCUAAAACUUCACUCCAAGAUGAAGAUAGAGUACAAGCAACUGAAAAUGUUACAGCUUUUACUAAAACAGGGUUUGGUGAAAAAUUUAAUAAGAAGGCCGGCCAAUGGGAAUGCAGUUGCUGCUUGGUCCAAAAUGAAGCUACCUUCUCGCAGUGUGUCGCCUGCCAGGAGCCAAACCCCAACAGCAAAGCUGAUGUUACCUCAACAGUUCAGACAGCGUCUACCUUCAAAUUUGGUCUUACUCCUGAUGCACAAGCAGGGUUUGGAGCUACCUUUGUGAGAAAGGAAGGACAGUGGGAUUGUGGAACAUGUUUAAUAAGAAAUGAAGGAAAUUUGGCAAAAUGUGCAGCCUGCAACUCACCCAACCCUAAUGGCAAAGAUACAGCUGGUCCAUCAACUGUUCAGUCUGCAUCCAACUUUAAAUUUGGUCUUCAAAAUGAAUCGAAGAAAACAUCUGCACAAGCAGGGUUUGGACCUAACUUUGCGAGAAAAGAAGGGCAGUGGGAUUGUGAAACAUGUUUUGUGCGAAAUGAAGCAAACGUGGAAGCAUGUGUAGCAUGCCAAUCAUCCAACACAAGUAAUAAGGAUGCAGCAACUUUGUCAUCCUUUACAGCUUCAGGUCAUGGUGCAGGCAACAUUUCUUCCGUAUCUAAUGUAUCUGAAUCGGAAGAAUUUAAGAUCAACUUUUCUGCAGGUGGCAUUAAAUUUGGUUCCAGUGAUAGUUCAACAGCUUUCAAGGUUGAUUCAUCUUUCUUUAAGUCUUCAGGACCAUUUUCCAAUACAGGAUUUGCAUUUUCUCAGACUGAUUCAAUUGGUGCUUUUAAAUUUGGAAUACAAGAACCUAGCAAAGCCUCUAAAGGUAGUCAACCACUACAGGAAAGUUCUGCAGCACUCUUUUUAAAGAAUAUUGCUGAACAGCAAAAAGAGAGAGAGAAAAUUGGUUCAAAAACUGGUGGUGAGACAAUUCCAGUACAGGACACUCCAAAUAAAAAUGAAGAAUUUAUUCUAGGCAAUGAUUCCAAUGUUUUCUCCUUUGCUGAUCUUGCAAAAUCCCCAGAUGAAGGGUAUCAGUUUGGGCAGAAGGAUCCUGACUUUCAAGGCUUUAAAGGAGUAGGUCAGCAAGUGUUUUGCACAUCACGUGCCCGAGCCAGUUCCUCUGUAGAAAAUGAAGAUGAUGGCUUGUAUAAAACUGAAGAGGAUGAUAAUAUUCAUUUUGAUCCUGUUGUUCACAUGCCUGAAAAAGUAGAUAUAGUUACUGGUGAGGAAGAUGAAGUUGUGCUAUAUUCCCAAAGAGUCAAACUGUUCAGGUUUGACACCGAAACCAGCCAGUGGAAGGAACGUGGUGUUGGUAUUCUCAAAAUUCUCCAAAACCAAUCUAAUGGGCGCCUUCGAAUACUUAUGCGUCGAGAGCAAGUUUUUAAAGUGUGUGCAAACCACUGGAUCACGACUACAAUGAAUCUGAAACCUUUAUUGGGCUCUGAUAGGGCUUGGAUGUGGUUGGCCAGUGACUUUUCAGAUGGAGAGGCAAAAGCAGAACGGUUAGCAGCAAAGUUCAAGACACCUGAGCUAGCUGAAGACUUUAAAAUAAAGUUUGAAGAAUUCCAAAGGUUGCUGCUAGAUAUACCAGUGCAAACACCACACAAACUAUUAGACACUGGCCGGACUGCUAGGCUAAUACAAAAAGCUGAAGAAAUGAAAAGUGGUUUAAAAGACCUAAAAGAAUUUUUGCAAGAUGAUAAAGGAAGAUCACCAGAUGAUAGGAGCUCUGUAUCUGGUGGCAUCGAAGCCUCUGACUUAGUUAUUAAGCCACAUUCUGAAAGCACUGGACCUACAUUAGAGUGGGACAAUUAUGAUUUGCGUGAGGAAGCCUUGGAUAUAAGUGCAUCUAGCACCACAUAUGGCACUCCUGAUACCAGUAGUCCAGUGAGAAAAAACCUCUUCCGAUUUGGUGAUUCUCCGUCUGGAUUUACCUUUAGUUUUCAUCCAAACUUAAGUCCGUUAAAAUCUCCUAAACUGAAUCAAAGUGGGCUGUCUGUAGGUACAGAUGAGGGUUCUGAAGUUGGACAAGAGGAAGAGAAGGAUGUGCAACACUUCGAGCCAGUAGUUCCAUUGCCUGAUUUGGUUGAUGUUUCAACAGGAGAAGAAAAUGAGCAAAUAAUUUUCUGCCAUCGAGCCAAGCUUUACCGGUACGAUAAAGAAUUAAAUCAGUGGAAAGAAAGAGGAAUAGGCGACCUUAAAAUUUUGGAAAAUUAUGAUUCCAAGAAAGUUCGCGUAGUCAUGAGAAGAGACCAGGUGUUAAAACUUUGUGCCAAUCAUUGGUUAACACCAGAGUUAAAAAUUGAGCCCAUGAAAGGAACUGAAAAGGCCUGGAUCUGGAGUGCUUUGGAUUUCGCAGAUGGAGCAGCAAAGAUGGAACAGCUAGCUGUUCGGUUCAAGCAGCAAGAAAUUGCCAAUUCAUUUAAAGAUGUAUUUGAAGAAGCUAAGCAGGCUCAGGAGAAGGAAACAUUAGUCAUGCCAUUGUCGUCCAGAGAGAAUACACCAAGAGAAUCUCCAUGUAGUAACAUUGCUGUUUCUGUUCUAGAAGAAACUACGAAGCUAGAGACCAAACAAUGUGAUAUUGAUAUUCCAUCUCCUUCCACUGCAGUCAUGUUAUCCACUGAUAGCUCAGAAACUACAAAAAAAAUUGUCUUCGCUCCAAAAUUUGUAUUUGGGUCCUAUUCUGUGGAACACGGGUUCAGCAAUGGAAAACAGUGCCCUUUCACAUUUGGAGGUACAACAACUGGUCGAGAAACUGUGGCAUCUGAGGACUCUACUAAACAGGAGGGAACUGGUGGUGGGUUUGAUUUUAGUAAAGCAGCUGCUUCUCUAACAAAGUCCACAACUGCCAGAUUGCUUCCUUCAACUGCUACAACAGAAAGUUUAGAAACCACCUUAUCAACCGGGGACAUUUCCAGGAACUUCACUUUUAGCAUGCCACAAACUGGAUUUAAUUUUAGCCUUUUCAAAUCUAAUCCUUCGGCCUUUUGGACCAGAGCAUCUGUCCCACAAUGUGAAAAUAAAGAAAUAUUCAGCACAAAAGAUGGCCACUCUGUCUUCCCUACCCUCAACACACAUGAGUAUGACAUGAAUGUAGAUGAAGAUGUACAGAUUGUCUUUGUGUUGACACCUACACCUGAACAAGAGGCUUUUGCUAAAGAACUACAACUUCCCCCAACGUUCUUCUGCUACAAAAAUAAACCUGGCUACGUUAGCGAUGAUGAGGAGGAUGAUGAAGACUACGAAACAGCUGUUAAAAGACUCAAUGGAAGGUUGUAUCCGGGUGAUCAAAAGAAGUCUCAAGCAGAUACAGAAACUGAUCGGUUCAGUGGACUUUUGAGUUCAGAUGAGCAAAGGGAGCAAUCGAAUCCAGAUGAGUCAAAUCAGCCAGAGCUUUCUGAAAAUGCGGAAGAAAUCUUAGACACUGUUGGUGGAUGUCUGCGUUCAGAUGAUACCAGGGAGCAAGAUUCUUCAGCGGCGAAUCUAAUUGGAACUACUGCAGUAGGGGAUGAUGACUGUAUCCUUGUAUGGGAGAAAUUGCCCACUGCUGAGGAAAAGUCAAAGGCUGAAAGAUUGAAGCUUCCUCCAACCUUCUUUUGUGGAAAUGGCAGCGACACUGAAGGGGAGAAAGAAGAGCAGGAAGACUUUGAGACAGAGAUGAGAAAAAUUAGAGAUUGUCAGCACGAAUCACAGGACAACAUGAUUAGCAGUUCCACUGAUAUGACUUCAACAGACGAUGUCAGUGGUCAGUUCAGCUAUGUACUGUCUACUGACUCAGAGGCUGGGCCAAGCUCCUCAACAGAACUCGUAAUUAAGACCGAGCUCCAUGCUACCCAUGAAAACAGGCCCAUUGACUUGUCAACUAAAAAGGAUGAGGAGCCAGACUCUACAACUCAAGGAAAGAUCACAUUUGGAUUCGAUGCUCCUUCAGGAUUUUCUUUUGCAGAGUUAGCAGAAAAGGGUGGAGAAGAAUAUGCAUUUGGAAAUAAAGAUUCAAAUUUCAAAUGGCCGGGUAUUGGAGGAACUGUGUUUAGUUCACCUGUGAUGUCAACUCGUGGAGGUGGAGAUGAAGUUGAUGAUUCUGAUGUGGUAACGAAUGAAGAUAUCCACUUUGAGCCAAUAAUUUCCUACCUGAGAUUGAAACAAAGUCUGGUGAAGAGGAAGAGGAAAUCCUAUUUAAGGAGCGAGUUAAACUAUAUCGAUGGGACAGAGAUGUCUCUCAGUGGAAAGAACGAGGUGUUGGUGAUCUGAAGCUCCUCUAUCACUCACAGAAACAUUGUUAUCGAGUUCUAAUGAGGAGGGAGCAAGUUUUAAAAGUCUGU